GAGAGAUAGUUGAGAGGUGGAGCCGCUGCUGAUUGGUCGCCGGUUUGAGGUUACCGUGGCCACCCAGUGUGUGACUGACAGAUUGGGAGACACCGCAGAAAGCCCUGACCGUCAAAACCAACCGGGAGUGGAGUGAGUGGAGUGGAGUUGGGGUUUGGGCGCUGUGAGUGGAGGUGUUGCGCUGCUGCUCGAGUCGCAGCUGCAAUGUCGGAGCUCGUCUUCACUGCGUUCGGGGUUCUCACCCUUUUGCAUUUUUUCCUGAAAGUAAUGAAGUGCCUGAGGUAUUUAUAUUUCACCAGGUGGCACAAAGUCCCUCAUUCGUUUUUCAGUGGCAUGGGUGAAUGGGCAGUUAUCACUGGUGCAUCAGAUGGAAUUGGUAAGGAAUACGCACAUGAGCUUGCCAGACGUGGGUUAAACAUUGUACUUGUUAGCAGAACUCAGGAGAAGUUAACAAAGGUUGCAGAUGAAAUUGAGCAAUUUACAGGAAGACAAGUGAAGAUUGUUGUGGUUGACUUUACCAAGAGAGACAUUUAUAAUAUCAUUGAAGAACAUCUGAGAGGGCUUGAAAUUGGGAUUCUGAUUAACAAUGUUGGAAUGUUGCCCAACCCACAUCCAUCUAAAUUUCUUGACAUGCUCAGUAGAGAUAAGACCAUCGAUGACUUAAUCAAUGUCAAUAUGUUAUCUGUCAUCAAGAUGACCCAGCUUAUCCUCCCACAGAUGAAAAAUAGGGAUUAUUACUCCUGGAAAGUGAUCCGCCAACCAACUAAUCAACUACUACUAGGUAACCAGAGACGUGUGAAACAGAAGGGGCUGAUACUGAACAUAUCUUCUGGUCUGACCGUUGAUGCAGUUCCUCUCUACUGCUUGUACAAUUCUUCUAAGAUUUUUAUGGAAAGGUUCUCCAAUGCGUGCAAAGCAGAAUAUGGCUCCAAAGGAAUUAUCAUACAGUGCUUAAUGCCCUUUUCAGUUUCUACUCAAAUGACAAGGCAUACGAAACCUGGGACAUUUAUGCUGGCAGCGGAUUUGUACGCGAAACAAUCACUUGACUGUAUUUGGCUUGGAAACUUCCAUGGAUCUCUGUCUCAUGAAUUUAUGGGAUUUGUUCUCAAAAAUAUUCCUCAAUGGAUUCUGCACACUGACAGCAUCCAAGAGAUUCUGUUGAAUUAUUUGAAGAAGACCUGUGAAACUGAAGCUCAAACCUACUAAGUCGCAUCAUUUGCCCUUCACCUGAUCUAUUCUGUCAGUCUGCAUGAUAUUGUACUUAAGCCUGAAAGUUUGUGUACAAUGUUUUACAUAAAAUUAGACUCUGAAAAUGUUAACACAGAGGUCUAAUUUAUAAGAGUGCUUUGUUUGAGGUGACCUUGCUUUGGUGUUGAGAAUAUUUUUCACUUCAAUUAUUUCUCGGUGAGUAAUCAUGUCCUGAGUAAAGGUGAGUUAUAAAGGGAUUGCUCAGGAAUGCAAUUUCUGUAUCCAACAGUUGCUGUUUAUGGAUAAAGUAAGAUUCAAAUUACGGUAGAAAUUAAUUUUAUUGUUUAAAAUAUUUCUACUGUAUAUUGCUACAUCUUUAAAACUCCCUUUUGCUAACCUAGUGUCUACUAAUGUAUCUACCCAUUGUUUCGAGAAAUAUCUAUUCUUUAUGAGAGGUUCUAUCUAAAGUGCAAUUUGCCAUUGAAAUGAAAUAACUUGAUAUAAAUUAAUUAACCAAUUAGUACCCCAGAUACAGACUGAUAAGUAGGUGAUAAUCUGGGCCAACAGAAAAGUGCAGAAAUGUUUGAUAAAAAUUGCAGGGAGACUUGGAACUUUUUGCCACAUUUUGCAGAAAAUUGGUGUUAUUGAGGUCCAUUUUACUGCCA